AACUCUUACUCAAUGCAGCAGUUCACCAGGGCCCUAUUAGGCGGCCUUUUAUCAUUCUCCCUUCUCGCAGUAAAAGGUUAUUCCUGCUCCUCGUCCGCCGAAGCAUGCGUAAUCCUCGCCUCCACGCUGCCGCCUGAAGUGUUCGCGGCCCCGAAUACGACAGACUACCAGUCGGUUCGGGACAGCUAUUGGAGUCAAACAGCCGGAGGCCUAAGCCCAGCCUGUAUCACACGACCCAGAACCACCGAGGAGGUGGCGUCCAUCGUAAAAGUGCUCUCGACCUGUGGCAACGACGUCAAACUCGCCAUCAAGAGCGGCGGCCACGGCUCCUCUCCAGGAUGGUCUAGCACCGACGGCGGCGUCCUCGUCGCAAUGGACGCCAUUAACGAGGUCCAAAACCUGCCGGAAAAGGGCUACGCUCUCGUCGGCUCCGGCGUCCGCUGGGUCGACGUGUACAAGGCUCUCGAGCCCCAGGGCGCGACCGUCAUCGGAGGGCGCUUCGCCUCCAUUGGCGUCGGCGGUUUGCUCCUCGGCGGAGGCAUGAGCUACUUCAGCGGACUCUACGGCAUGGCGUGCGACAAUGUCCUCAACUACGAGGUCGUGCUCGCCGAUGGCACCGUCGUCAACGCCAACCUGACCUCGGAGCCGGACCUCUUUCGCGCCCUCAAGGGCGGCGGGAACCAGUUUGGCAUCGUGACGCGCUUCAGUCUCAAGGUGUAUCCGCAUACCAACCAGGUUUGGGCCGGCAUCCUGACUUAUUCUGUCGACAAGGCCAAGGAAGUCUUCGCUGCCACGCAGGCGUUUAGUGCUAAAUACGACCCUCAGUCGCACAUCUAUCUGAGUAUGGGAGGCGGCGCGAACCCGCAGCUGGACUUCCUGAACGUCUACGUGUUCUACAAUGCGUCCUCGCCGCCCGCGGGUGAAGCGAGCCCCUUUGCCGGCUUCUACGCGGCCAAACCCAAGGCAGACAGCACCGCCACGCAGAACUUUUCCGCCCUCAUCACCUCCAACAAUAACGGCAACUUACCCCUCAAGCGCUGGCUCAUCGGCGGCCACACCUUUCCCAACCUCGAAGGACAGCAGGGCGCAGAUCUCUACUUCCAACAAUGGCAAGCCUUCCGCGACAAAGCCAACGCCACGGCGGCGGGCGACCAGUCCCGCAUGUUCUCCAUGGCUCUAGUCCCCGUACCCGCAGCCGUCAUGCGCGCCGGCGAGCGCAUAGCCAGCGUCAAGAACGUGAUGGGACUCGAAGCGGAUGCCGGGGACGCCGCUUGGAUCGAUUACACGCUCGCCUGGGCGGAGGCCAAGGACGACGAGAGGAUGUUUGGGUUUGUUGAGAGUAUCAGCGCGGACGGAGACCGGUUGGCGAAGUCGUUUGCGCCUGGGGUGAGGAGUUCGAAUGCUGUACAAGGGGACGGGGCGGUGUCUGUGGAGAAGGCGGCGUUUUAUAGGACGAAUCCGCGGUAUAUGAAUUAUGCGCUUUUGAGUCAGCCUGUACAGGACAGUUAUGGAGAGGAGAAUAGGCGGUUUUUGCGGGAGGUGCAGAGGCAGUAUGAUCCUGCUGGGCUGUGGAGGAGGGAUGGUGGGUUUCUAUGGGAGUAG